UCCAAUUCCCGCACAACGAUAAGACAUUACUUGCUCUGUAAUAACUCGAGUCGCUUCUUAUACUCAGAAAACCAAAAAAGUUUCAAUUUUUGGUCUCAUCUCAGGCGAAAGUGCUCCAAAUGAUUAUCGAUUUCUAGGGCUCUGAUUAGUAUAAUCGGAGGAAUUAGGGCUGGAUUCAGUUUAGGGGAAUAUUCGAGCUCUGUUGUUUCCGGAUUACACAAGAAAAUGGCGGAAAGAGUAGAAGAACCUGUAACAGAAGGAGAAAACACGAUUGAAGAAAGACAAAUAGGAGCUAUGUGGGAUUUAGAGCAGAAACUUGAUCAGCCCAUGGAUGAAGAAGCUAAUAAGCUCAAGAACAUGUACAGAGAAAAGGGAUUAUCGUUGUUGAUGCUAAUGAGACUAUCAUUCCAAAGUCUAGGGAUAGUUUACGGCGAUUUAGGGACUUCUCCAUUGUAUGUGUUCUACAAUACAUUCCCUAAUGGAAUCAGUGAUAGUGACGAUGUAAUCGGAGCUCUUUCUUUGAUCAUUUACUCUCUUUUUCUUAUACCUCUCAUCAAGUAUGUCUUCAUUGUCUGCAAAGCAAAUGACAAUGGUCAAGGUGGUACUUUAGCGAUAUACUCGUUGCUUUGUAGACAUGCUAAAGUGAAACUAAUCCCAAACCAGCAACGCAGCGAUGAGGAUCUCACGACUUAUAGCCGAACUAUCUUCCCUGAAGGGUCUUUUGCUGCUAAAACCAAGAAGUGGUUGGAAGGUAAACAUUCUAGGAAGAGAGCUCUUCUGGUCAUUGUUCUUCUCGGGACUUGUAUGAUGAUCGGUGAUGGUAUCUUAACUCCAGCCAUCUCUGUUCUUUCAGCGACUGGUGGGAUCAAACUCAGGAGUCCAGAUAUGAGCGGCGACAUCGUUGUGCUUGUGUCUAUAAUCAUUUUAAUAGGAUUGUUCAGUAUGCAACACUACGGUACAGACAAAGUGGGAUGGCUCUUUGCGCCUAUCGUGUUUAUUUGGUUCCUUUUCAUCGGAGGCACUGGAAUAUACAACAUCUGCAAAUACGACACAAGCGUUUUGAAAGCGUUUUCGCCAACAUAUAUAUACUUGUACUUCAAAAGACGAGGUCGAGAUGGUUGGAUUUCGUUAGGUGGCAUUCUUCUCAGCAUAACAGGCACUGAGGCACUAUACGCAGACAUUGCUUAUUUCCCGUUACUAGCGAUACAGCUCGCCUUUACAUUUUUUGUGUUCCCUUGUCUUCUUCUAGCAUACUGUGGCCAAGCUGCGUAUCUUGUGAACCAUAAGGAUCAUUUCAAAGAUGCGUUCUAUGCAUCCAUCCCAGAAAGUGUAUAUUGGCCAAUGUUUAUAGUCGCAACAGGAGCUGCAAUCGUUGGGAGCCAAGCUACUAUCUCAGGAACUUAUUCGAUAAUCAAGCAGGCCGUGUCUCAUGGGUGUUUUCCUCGAGUGAAAAUCGUUCACACUUCCAAGAAGUUCCUUGGUCAGAUCUAUUGCCCUGAUAUUAACUGGAUACUCAUGCUCGGCUGCAUAGCAGUCACUGCUAGUUUCAAGAACCAGAGCCAAAUCGGAAAUGCAUACGGGACUGCGGUUGUGUUCGUGAUGCUUGUGACCACAUUACUAAUGGUGCUAAUCAUGCUUCUCGUGUGGCGGUGCCACUGGAUCCUUGUGCUUAUAUUCGCUGUCCUCUCACUGGUGAUGGAGCUAUCGUAUUUCUCGGCCGUGAUCUUAAAGGUCAAUGAAGGAGGAUGGGUUCCUCUCAUCAUAGCAGGGGUUUCUCUUCUUGUAAUGUCCGUUUGGCACUACGCAACGGUCAAGAAAUAUGAGUUUGAAGUGCACAGUAAAGUUUCCAUGAGUUGGAUACUCGGUCUCGGUCCUAGCCUCGGUCUUGUUCGUGUCCCUGGGAUCGGUUUAGUCUACACAGAGUUAGCGAGUGGUGUCCCUCACAUCUUCUCUCAUUUCAUCACUAACCUCCCUGCGAUUCACUCAGUGGUAGUCUUUGUCUGCGUCAAGUAUCUUCCGGUUUACACCGUCCCUGAAGAAGAGAGGUUUCUUGUCAAGAGAAUCGGACCAAAAACAUUCAGAAUGUUCCGCUGUGUAGCCAGGUAUGGUUACAAAGAUCUACACAGGAAAGAUGAUGAUUUCGAGACAAAACUGUUGAACAACAUCUUCUCGUUCAUCCGAAUCGAAACAAUGAUGGAGCCAGGUUCGAACUCAAGCACCUACAGCAGCGCGUAUUCAGUCAAUCAUACACAAGAGUCCAGAGAUGCAUUGAUCCAUAACAACAACAACAACAAUCACCUGAAUAGCAUCAACGAGAACAGUAAUAACAACAUGGAUAUGUUCUCAUCUAUCGUGGACUGCACGGUAUCGAGUUUAGACACUAUAGUUCCCGUUGGUUCACCACUUAACGCGGUGAGUUUCAGUCAGAACAACACGGUGGAGGAAGAGGAGGAGGAUGAGUUGGAGUAUCUAAAGACUUGUAAAGAGUCAGGGGUUGUUCAUAUUAUGGGAAACACUGUGGUGAAAGCAAGAAAUGGAUCAUGGCUUCCAAAAAAGAUUGCUAUUGAUUACGUUUAUGCGUUUCUUGCUAAGAUUUGUAGGGAGAAUAGUGUUAUCUUGCAUGUUCCUCAUGAAACCCUUUUGAACGUUGGACAAGUCUUUUAUGUCUAG